CGCGUUGUCAAAAGUAUGGAAGUUGUCGAAUCGCUGAAACUUUAUUUUAUUUCUUCUGCAGUUCAGCUUAUUACGCCCUUGAUGAGGGUCGGAAUUCAGUGGCAGGUAGUUGAGACAUCUUAAAUCCCGAAAUCGGCGUUGGCUGUCCAGGAGUGGGGCGAAGAGCAGGUGAAAAUUGGACUUGGAAAUCAAUUGCAGCCAGGCCGUGUUCGUGUACGCACGUAGUAAUACACGGUAGGAAUUGCGCAGUGCAUGUGAUGAGGUCACGCACGGCCAUUUGUGUGUACACUGCAGAAGCUGCAGCGUAGCCGGAAGAGAUCGCGGUACCGUGUCGCGCUUCGCUGUGCACCGGUGACGGUGUAUUGUUCGCCAGGGCCUGGGCGGUGUGCGGUGUAUGGCCCACAGCCGACGACGUAGGACUGUAUAGGGCAGGCAGAAAGACAAAAUUGGACUGAUUUUUUUGCGGGUGUUGAAUUUGGUGGGAGUAGUUUUCUUUGCCUGGAAUUUGGUUGAAAUCGAUGGAGUGCCCACACCUGGUGAACAGCGUAACGGCUGGAGUUACUGCCAUGCCGGUGACAAGAAAGUCCAACAAUGGAGAAACUUCGACCAACUGGGUUUGUGCAGUUUGUAGGUCAAGCAAAAGUCCCUGGAUGUGUCUAUCAUGUGGCACCAUCACAUGCGGAAGGUAUGUCAACGGUCAUUCCAAAAAGCAUUACGAAGAGUGCCAACAUUGUGUAUGCAUCAGCUGUGAUAAUCUGAGUGUUUUCUGUUAUGAAUGUGAUGAGACUGCAGUGAACGACACCAAAGCAGGAACCGUUCAGCAAGUCAGACAAAUCUUACAAGAUAUAGCCAGCGCACAAUUCGAUAACAAGCGGCUAAAAAGUAGUAAAGAACAGGUCACCGACAGCGAUGAAGAAGGACCUCCUAGGAAGAAGCUAGCCACAAACAAUGUGAAAGCGACCAUUCCUGGACUGAGGAACCUAGGAAACACAUGUUUUAUGAAUGCAGUACUACAGUCACUAAGCAACAUACACCAGUUCUGCUGUUACUUCAAAGAUCUCCCCGCUGUGGAGCUGAGAAACGGCAAAUCGGCAGGAAAGCGCAUCUACAACACACGGAACCUCAAACAUGACGAUGUAUCCCUGGUAGAGGAGGUACGUAAGACGCUGUGCGCUCUCUGGCAAGGAGGCCAGUCGGCAAUCUCGCCUGACUCUCUCUUCUCGGUCAUGUGGAAAAUCUUUCCACGGUUCAGAGGUUACCAGCAGCAAGACGCCCACGAGUUCAUGCGCUACCUGCUGGACAGGCUGCAUACAGAGCUACAAGGAACCCUAUGGCCUGGUAACCCACGCCGACAGACCAACGGAACCAGUACUAUUGUCACCUUCAUGUUUGGAGGCUUGCUCCUCAGCCAAGUACAUUGUGUUGUGUGUGAGAGCUUCUACAAGAAGAUCGAUCCAUUCCUUGAUGUAUCACUAGACAUCCCCCAUCGGUUUAGAUCAAGAAGCAAGUCCAAAGAUGGGUCUAGAGUUUGUCGGAUACAAGACUGUCUACAGAGCUUCACAGAGGUGGAGGAGUUGGCCGAAUCCGAGCAUUACAUGUGCACCAACUGUCAGAAGAAACAGCCCUCCACCAAAAAGUUCUGGUUCCGCAAGUUGCCUAAUGUAUUGUGCAUGCACAUAAAGCGAUUUCAAUGGACAGGGUUUCUUCGCAGUAAGAUUGACGUGUUUGUUCAAUUUCCGCUCAGGGGUCUGGAUCUCAGACCAUACAUACUCAAACCAGAGGAAUUACCCGACAGCGACAGUACGGUAUACGACCUCAAAGCUGUAGUUAUACAUCAGGGAUCUGGUGCUGGGUGUGGUCACUAUGUUGCCUUUGCCAAGAAUGAUGGUCAGUGGUUCUGCUUCAACGACACCACGGUCUCGCCCGUCCACGAGUCGGUGGUGCUGCGCAGUAAGGCUUAUAUCCUCUACUACACACGCCGCAAGGCCACGCAGGACGACUGCUUCCAGCUGGUCACGGCCCUACAGGAGGAGUUGCGAUCGGAGGGCAAUGUCCGGCUGAGCAACACCACCAGCUAGGUAGACUAGUUGGAGGGGGAUGGACAAGGGUGAUUUGGUACUGACUGACGCCGUUGCCUGUUUGCUUUAGGGGGUCAGGAUAUCUGUCCAGGCUUAGCCGCGCACUCAACACAGGUGCAAAUAAGCUUGCUGGUUAAACAGUUUAGGCAUAGUUUGAUCAAGCUGUGAUACCAAGGGCUCUCGUUGGCUAUCUUCUGUUUUUGUCCCGCAAACAGUGUGAGAUACCUCUAAAACAAAAAGCGGAUUCUGGCAGUGUUGUCGAGACCAUCACAAGACCAGACGCAAGACUAGACAUAAGACUAGUUGUGAGUAGCAAGGUGAACAUUAAAACGGGAAUGCUUUUUGGAAGUUUGAGUAGUUCGCGACUUGAAUUCAGACUGGUGGUCUAGUGUUGGUCUUGUGGUGGCCUCGUGGGAGUGUGUGAUAAUCGUCGGAGGUCUUGACCGCGCCCCAGGAUGCUGUGGACGUCUUUGCCCCUUGCAGCAGAGGCUUGAAAAUUAAGCUGUGUCCCAAUCAAGAGGCUGUGGCUGGCACUUCCACGUGUAUCUACGGGGAGUAGCCGCAGCCCCUAGCCAGCAAGUCCAUGAAAAGUCAUUUGGUCUCAAACCAAGUCACAAGCUAUCCAAAUGAACUGUGAUGCACCCUUCCUUCAUCGCUGUGCAUUCUGACACUUGCGACUGACUUGUGACGGGACUUUUCUAAGGUGUCCAACGGAUUCAACCAUGACACUGCAGUGAGCCCACCGUACUUGUGAAAAAUUGCAGCUUUGCUCGAAGUGAAUUAAAAAAAGGCAGCUUUAGGUAUUUUGUUUUCUGUUUUUUCGCUGUAUGUGCCCAAACAGGAGAAUAAUCUUCAUGCAUCCAGUCCUAAAUGAUGAGAGUUCUACAGCAAUGAUGUGCAUGUUUCAAAUUUAAGCUCUCCAUUUCCAUCUUGAACCUCCCUUUAUGUACAAAUGCCAAGUGCAGAAUCCAGCAUUUAUUUGCCGUGACAUCAGUGCUUGGGCUGCGUGAAGUGUUGAAGCAUGAGGCCCCUUUGAUGUGGAAACUUUGCGUGCGUGCCCAGAUUUAUGCUCCCAGCAUACAAGCCCGCUUUCUGUAUUGUCUUCGCGCGUGCCCCGUGCAUCCAGUUUUCACCUGCCGUCUUUUCUUGGCCUAUAAGGGGGUGGUUCUAGUCAAACUAGAUACAGGUUAACAAGCCAAUAUAAACUCUCCUAGGAAGCAUUUUGGGGGGAUAUCAGAUGUAAGCACUGCCGUGAAACUGGAACCAGACUUGUAGGGAAAGUUGACUCGUACCAGUUGUGCAUGGAGCAAAGUAGUAUGGAAGUCAUUCAUGCACAGCGGGACAUGCCAACCCCCGAGUGGUCAUCACUUGGUGUCAGUCAGUCUGCUGGCCCUUACAUGCUCUGACCAUCCGUGUAGCUUCCCUGCGGUUUAUGAGGCACUCAAAUCAGUCCCCACCGGAAUUGAUGGCACUAUCCAAGCUGUGCAUAAGGGUACCUUGGCCUUCUUCCUAUACCCGACUUUGUCUCCGUCUCAGACUUCAUCUCUAAAAUCAAUCCCUGAUUGUAGGCGCAAAACGAUCAAAUUAAAUUGAAGUACUGUAACAUUUUGCAUCUUGUUUGAUGUUUCUGUGGCACUAUUGGACUUUUGAGCUAAAAAUUUCAAGGUCAAGUGGUUGAGAAAAAGACGGAGAUGAAGUCGAGCAGUGCAAAAUGGUCUUGAGCUCCAUUCUAUCAUGCUGUUUUGGUAAGUGGAUGCUGUAUAGUUUUGCAGUCAACUUGAAACCCCUAUUGAUGAAAGAUUUCCACAAUUUAUGAUGAUUUUUUAAAAAUAAUUAAGAACAGGGUUUUUCCCUUUAGUUUUCUCGGUCAUGCCACUUUAAUGUGGACCACAAGUUGCUGACUUAAUGAGGAAUUUGACUCGAUUCAGACUAACUUAGGUGGUCCCAUCUAGGUAAUCCCAGGGAAGCUACAUAAGCACACCCAGCUUAUUAAAAAAACUGACCAUACUACAAGGUCGUCAAGGAAGAGAUAUUUUGGAAUACAAAACCUCCAUAUAUUGAAAGGUUAUUAAACUGUAAAAUUGCAAAUGCCAACAUCAAAUUUCACUAUUUAUCUUGCCUGUGUAACCCGCGGUGCUUAGUAUACAGUGGCAGAAGUUUUUGCCCACAUUCAUUGCAGAGGAAAAGACUUUUAGAUGGGUGUUAUUGAUGUUCACCAGUGGCCUUUUGCCGGCGAUAGGAAAGUUAGAAAUUCACACUUUUCAUCUUGCAUUUCCUUGUAUGCUAGCUGUGCAGACCCGUUCUUGUUGAAUAGUCUUGCGACCAGUUGAUAAGCCGAAAGAAAUCUUGCAGAAAAAAAUGGCAGAAAACGUUUGAAAACGGGAAGAUGAGAAUGGGUCUGUUGAGGUCACUGGUAGUGAUAUUUGCGCGCAAAAAUACCUUCAACUAUCUCAUGCUAACUUGAAGUUUCCAGCACAUUCCAUAUCCAUGGUAUUAACCAAACAAAACCAGAAAAAAGGUACAGUAUGGAAGUACCGCCAAAAAAAUAUCAAAACGUAAAAUGAUUUGAAAAAAAAAAGAAUGAAUGUUUGAUUCAGUUUGACAGGUGCGGAGAUAAAAAUGCCAUGUUUACCUAUUUAUUUACAAUUAUAAGUUUUUGGCUCAUUUUAUUUCGGCACUGUUGUGUUAAAUUAUGAGCAUUUAGAUGUGCAAGAAAAGUACUAACAAGAAAAAAAAAUUAAUCUAAUUCUAGAAUCUUGGGUUUUUUCCCUUUGUUGUUUUCCGCCAAAAUCAGUUUGAAAUGGAAAUUCUGUUUUAAUUUUGUUAUUUUGCUUCUUUGAUUCUGUUUUUGUUGAAGCAAAGCCAUGUAAACAGAAAGACGUAAAGUUGGGAUAAUGCAUUAUAUAAAUCUGUUCAUUCAUUUUUGAUUUGAAUGUGGAACUGCUAUUUCGGCGUUCUGAGUUUUCCUUGUGUUUUCCGCCCCUUUUUGAUUACAGAGAGAUGCUUUUACAGGGAAAAUAUGUCAUUGAAAUUCACAUUGUCACUCUUUUUGCUUGUAUAUACUUUGACAUGAAUGUUUAAUACGAUAUAUAGUGUCAAACAUUCUAGUUUGAUCGCGACAAAAAAAAAGAUAGUAUAGAAGGAUGUAUAAGCCAGAGAUUAGAGUUAGUUUAGUCGAUUAGAUCUAGCUAGUAAAUUAGUGCCAAGGAAAGUAAAAAAAAGAAAAAGCAAAAAAAAUUAAAUGUCACUGUAAACUGAGUGACAAGUUCACUGGUAAUUCAUCUGUUAUAAAAAGAUAACAUCUUAAAGAUUUUGUGGACAACAUUUUUUAUUAAGGUGACCGAAACAGAUUAGAUAAAUGUGAGCUUGGGAUGUGCUGUAUACAGAUUUCCUUACUAACACUCAUUACCAUAUUGAAUUCAUAACCAAUCCAGGUCAGAGGCUUUUAACAGAAGCUUAGAUGCUUUUGUGUUAUAUGAAAUUAAUCAUUUAAUAUGACAUUUGAUUUUAUCCAAAUCAGCUGGUGAUGAUACCACCAAAAUAAUGUUAUAUUUAUUUUUUUCUGUUGCAGCUUAAUCCCAAACUUGUAUCCAGAGAAACCGCUCUAUUUUAUAAUAUUUAAUAUUUCAUGAACCUGGCUUUUCUUUCAUGCUUUUGUCUGACAUUUUUGUCUUUAGUAGGUAUAUCCAGCAAGAAAUGAGACCGAGGGGUACCCCCCCAACAUGUCCAAUCACUAUACACUUUCUAGACUGUUGUUAUCCAACACAUCCCCCCAGAUGGCUAAACAGAACUCCUCAGAUUCCAGUGAAACAACGACCAAUACAAAGCAGGGGGGGUUUCUCUCCGUCUUAUAUCUUGCUUCAUAUGUUAGCAGGUCUGAAAACACUAAUGAACUCUUUGGACUUCUGUGUGUGGGGGGAGUCCAACUGGAGUCUGUAAAUUGGGAGGACACAGAAACCUUUUUCCACCACAAAUGUUUUUGAUUUUAAUACUUCCGAGUGAUAAACUGCAAGUGCGUGUGGUUUGGAAAGUUGCCAAACAACAGUUUGUAUAUUGGCAAGUAUGAAUGUAUAAUCUACAGCCAUAGUGUCAUGAAACGUAAUAUGCAAAAUCUGCCUGCAGUAACUCCCCAGAAGGGACAUGUGUGCGAAAAAUUAGAGUGGAUUAAUAAAAGCUUUGUCUGGUGCAGAAAAGUACAAAAGCUCGUAGAAAUUACUGCACGAUUUCCCUGAUUGACACAUGGAGUGAAAUUAAUACCCGUUUAAAAUCCUUUCCCUUUGUCAGACUUUUUGAGACAAGCCUCACCACACUGCCUACAUUUUGUACUCAGAAAAUGACCUUAUGCAUCUCCCAAUGACCAAAUGUUCCAACUGUUGACAUGAAUUACAUUUGGCAGUAAAAUUACAAAUCCACUUUGGUUUCCCUCAUUGCCCAGUACCUCUGGCAGAAAUUAGCGGAUAACAUUUUAUGCUAACACUGGGUGAUUUGGUUUCUUUGCCGUGGGGUUUGUUGGGGGGGCACAGGCAAGGAGAAAGUUUACUAUUUGUUAAUGCUUUUUAUUGUAUGUCUUUAUUUUUUUGAGAUGCCAUAAGCGACCUGUGUUGGUGAAGAUGACAUGAUAGUAAUUUAAUGGAAGUGGGAAAAGCACCAUGUGUCUCAAAAAGAAAUCUUGAAGCAAGACUAGAUGAAGCUCCCUGUAUUUAGAUUGAAGCUUCACAAAUGAGAAUGAAACCAAAAUACAUGUGAAGCUUUAGAUUUUGGGGAGGCUGUUUGUAAAAAUUGUAAUCUUGUCAAUGACUGGGAAAAAUCUGAAUCUGGGUUACAAUGUUUGUUUGAAGGAAUGGACCAUAUGAAAUGGUAUUGUUAAGAGUGACUUUUAGAGUUCAUUGUGAGCUGGAGAAAUCAACAAGGUACUGACAUUUUGGCCGUAAAAUGCUGUUUUGUCCAAAGUCAACUUUUUCGCAUCCUUUACGCAGUGAAUUUUUAAAAAAUGUUUCUUGAAAAAUGAAAAGUUUCACCUUCCUUCAAAAAGCCCCCAAAUGUAGCCUAAUCCCUUGGUAAGGCUUUUGCAAAGUUACACAAAGAAAUUUAAAUAUUUUUGCCUCCCCCCCCAAAAAAAAUUGCAUUUGGGUGAUUUGGAGAAAAUUGUAAUUUGUGCCGAGUAAGAAUAUGAGAAAUACUCAAAUAAUAAGAAAACAACACAAGCAUUUUUAUCAACAUGUGUAAAUUUCCUGUCCUAUGACACCAAGGAAAGGUUGUCUCAUAUUACAUGUUCUGCAAGGGAAGAUAUUUCAUUCCUUUUUGUGGGAUUAAAUAUCAACAUAUGUUGCUCACUGAUAAAUGAGAUUUUGUUUUGACACAGCUUGACAGCACCAUUAAUUUGUCAAUUUCCUCAUGGAUUUUUCAGAGUUCAAUUUGAACACAAAUUGUAGCUGCUGUGCUCUUUAAAUAUUAAUUUGAAUGGCAAUUUGUUAUUGAAAGCACUACUUGACUGAUACACAUUGACUGGUGUAUAUUAAAUGUAACGUGAAAUAGUUCUGUGACAAUGACUGAACUGUACAGUGUUGACCAUUUCUGUUGUUGCUCUCCUGACAUAAAUGUGUGUGACUAUUUGACGUAUUGAUGCUUUGUAGUUCAGUAUUUCUUGUACAUGAAACGGGGGCCACCACAGACUGUAGACUCGACCUGUGCAUACUGAUUAAAACUAAAAAAAAGUGAUCGGGUACAUGCAA